CCGCCUGCAUCCAUGCCCCCUUUUCAGCUGCAGCCACUGUAAGGGGCAAGGCAACUGCAGCUCCUAUGAGAAGCACCAUGGGCGGAGGGGAGGAGCUUGAUUCAAUAGUCAUUUAGCUCUCUGCGUUCCUGUAAGAGUCGGAUGUUCAUGAGAUCAGAACUUCUCGCCUGAUUUCUUCUUCUGUGCAGCUGAUCUGGCCAAGACAGAGCGCUGUCCAAACUUCUGGCUGCUUUUCCUUUUUUCUUUGGUCUCAACUUGGAUCUUUUAUUUCUAUACACAGCAGCUGUGAGCGUCUACAGGUGACAACAUGCUGGAGCAGGUCCUGUCGUUCAGCCGCUCCCUGGUGCGCAGGAAAGUGGUCGACAUGAACAACUUGGAGGACUCCAAGCUGUGCCGAUGCCUGGGAACCGUGGACCUCAUUGCCCUGGGAGUCGGAAGCACACUGGGUGCUGGGGUCUACGUCUUGGCGGGAGAGGUGGCCAAAGGAAACUCCGGCCCCAGCAUUGUCAUCUCCUUCCUCAUCGCCGCCCUGGCCUCAGUCAUGGCCGGCCUCUGUUACGCCGAGUUCGGAGCCCGAGUACCAAAGACCGGUUCUGCAUACCUGUACAGUUAUGUGACCGUGGGGGAGAUCUGGGCCUUCAUCACUGGCUGGAACCUCAUCCUAUCUUAUGUGAUUGGCACAUCAUCCGUUGCCAGAGCAUGGAGCGGCACGUUUGAUGAAAUGAUUGGAGGACAUAUAGAGAAAUUCUGCAAAACCUACUUCAGCAUGAACUCUCCGGGGUUGGCUCCUUAUCCCGAUUUCUUUGCUGUGUGCCUGAUUCUAUUGCUCUCUGGACUUUUGUCAUUCGGAGUGAAGGAGUCAGCCUGGGUCAACAAAGUCUUCACCUCCGUAAAUGUGCUGGUGCUCCUGUUUGUCAUCAUCUCCGGCUUUGUCAAAGGAGACGCAGUCAACUGGAAGAUCUCUGAGGAAUCCCUCAUAAACUUCACUGUGGUCACACGAAACUUGUCAGUGGCGGCCAACGUCAGCAGUGACUAUGGCGUUGGAGGAUUUUUGCCAUAUGGGUUUAGUGGCACGUUGGCUGGAGCUGCCACCUGCUUCUACGCUUUUGUUGGAUUCGACUGCAUUGCGACAACUGGGGAGGAGGUGAGAAACCCUCAGAGGGCCAUCCCCAUCGGCAUUGUGGUGUCGCUCACCGUGUGCUUCCUGGCGUACUUUGGUGUGUCGGCUGCCCUCACCCUGAUGAUGCCUUACUACCUGCUGGACGAGAAGAGCCCCCUGCCCAUGGCCUUUGAAUAUGUGGGCUGGGGUCCUGCCAAAUACGUGGUGGCUGUGGGUUCACUGUGUGCCCUGUCGACCAGUCUGCUGGGCUCCAUUUUCCCCAUGCCUCGUGUAAUCUAUGCUAUGGCAGAGGAUGGGGUGGUUUUCAAAGCCUUAGCCCGAAUCAAUCCUAAGACGAAGACCCCAGUUAUUGCCACAAUGAGCUCCGGUGUAGUUGCAGCCAUCAUGGCCUUCCUGUUUGACCUGAAAGCUCUGGUGGACAUGAUGUCCAUCGGAACACUGCUGGCUUACUCGCUGGUUGCUGUCUGUGUGCUGAUUCUCAGGUACCAGCCGAGUGGAGCGCUGGAGCGCUCGGAGGUAAAAGGAGAAAGGGAUUAUCUUUCCUCUGAAGGCCGUGAGUCCGACCUGACAGAAUCCGAAUCCCACCUCAACAUGCUGAACGGGGGCAGCUCCACCCUGCAGACCGUCCUCCACCCUCCUGCUGCGCCCUCCGUGCGUUCAUCUGGCGUGGUGAACACGUCCAUCAGCGUCCUCGUGGUGGUCGUGUGCAUCGUCAGCUAUCUCACCACCUAUCACUUUGAGGCGCUUUGUUCUGCGGAGGCCUGGAUCCUGGCGCUGCUGUCCACGUGUCUCCUUGUUUUCAGCGGCUGCGUCCUGAUGGUCUGCAGGCAGCCGCAGACCUCCAAGAAGGUCUCCUUCAUGGUGCCUCUCCUGCCUUUUCUCCCCAUCCUGAGCGUAUUCGUCAACAUUUACCUCAUGGUCCAGCUGAGCGGAGACACUUGGAUACGAUUCUCGGUGUGGAUGGCUAUAGGAUUCCUCAUCUACUUUGGUUACGGCAUGUGGCACAGCGAAGAGCGACAGCACCGAACCGAAGGGACGCAUGAAAACAUGAAGACGCCCGGCAUCGGCGCAGCAGACAAGGAGCAGGAGCACUUCAUCUGCCCAGAGAAGACCAGCCAGUGUUGAAAAAGUUUUCCCAUCUCAGCUUCAGACCAGGAGGGGGGGGGGUGCGCAUCUGCUACUGCUGCCCUUAAGCAUCCAGCAGCUCCGCCUGCGUGAACCCGCAGCUUCCUGUGCCUCGCCCCUGCAGCGGCGUCUCCAUCACACUAACACUGCAGCAGGAUCUCAACCUGUUGGUCUCCUCUAUGGAGCAACACGACACAAAGACUUUUCCAUUAACGCCAAAGCCAAGCUGUGACAGAGAUUCCUCAAGGUUCUGAGGGGCCAUGAAGUCCAGGGUCUCUAGGGUCUCUCUCCAUGGAGAGGAAGGUGGACGUUUGAUAUUUCUCAGAAAGCUGUCCUUUGCCUUUUUCUUUGACUUUAUUUCCUUCCUCGCGUGAUGUUUCUGGCUGUUUUGAUACGCUUUCAGAAACGCAAGAGGCACGUCGGUUACUGAUAGCCUUGACUCUCCCGCAUUUGGAGGUUGAGGCUUGCUUUGAGGCAGGCUCCAUCCAUCCACAGUCAUUUAAAAACCCGCCUAAUGUCCGUCAACCUGCGAUGUUCAGCCACCAACCGGGACGUCUGCACCGACUGUGUGGAUGGAGUCUUCCAGAAGGGUUACAUGGAAAAUACCUAUAUUCACGUUGGACCGCUGUGAUGUCACAUUUUUUCCAACUGCACAAAAGACAAUGAAAUAAAACUGUAUUUUCCAGAA